CUCAUUGGAUCCCAGCAAUUUAUUGUCAUUUGGAACUGUCCACACCCACCUACCCAAACAAGAAAAUAUGAAUAUUUAAAUUGUCCAUUCGGACACCAUAAAGACAUAAACGUGAAUGAGAAAAAGUCAUCAACAAAGCUUAUCCCAUUCUUCUCCCAAAAGUUGAUCGAUCACACGACGUGAACCUCUCUCUGAGACUCUGAGUUCCCAUGUCUACAAUGGAGCCGUCUGUCGUUGAACAAACCACCGUCCACCACGUGGUUGCGAUGCCUUUUCCAGGCCGAGGCCACAUCAACCCCAUGAUGAACCUCUGCAAGUUACUACUCUCUUCAAAAGAACCAAACCUUCUCAUAACCUUCGUCGUCACCGAAGAGUGGCUCAGCUACAUCGGCUCCGAUCCCAAGCCCGAAAACAUACGCUUUGCCACGAUGCCAAACGGCGUCGUCCCCCCCGAGAGUCUAAAAGCCGUCGACUUCUUUGGGUUCUACGAGGCCGUGAUGACGAAGAUGGAAGCUCCCUUUGAGCGGCUCCUAGAUCAGCUUGAGCCGCCGGUCCAUUCCAUCUUAGGUGACGUUGAGCUACCGUGGGUGAUCGGCGUAGGAAAUCGCAGGAAUAUUACAGUGGCAUCGCUUUGGACCAUGCCGGCUACUUUUUUCUCAAUGUUACAUCAUUUUCAUCUUUUCGCACGAAGCCGGCAUUUACCGCUUGACCUUUCACUUGAAGACAAGCUUGUUGUGGAUCACAUUCCCGGACUUUCUUCAGCACAAGUAGCAGACCUUCAAACACUCUUUCACGAGAACGACCACAGAGUAGUGCUGCUUGCAAUGGAAUGCAUUGAAAGGGUUUCGAAAGCACAGUACCUUCUGUUCACUUCUGUCUACGAGCUUGAACCCCAGGCCAUUGACUCUUUAAAUGCAAUUUUCCCUUUUUCUGUUUACCCUAUUGGCCCUGCCAUUCCUUACUUGGAGCUUCAACAAGAUCGUAAACAUUCCUCUGAAAGUAGUCACAACGACCCCAGCUAUCUACAAUGGCUAGAUUCCCAGCCUGUUGGUUCUGUCUUGUACAUCUCAUUGGGAAGUUUCCUUUCUGUCUCGAGCGCCCAAAUUGGUGAAAUUGCAGCAGGGCUGCGUGAUAGUGGCGUUCGGUUCUUGUGGGUGGCUCGUGGAGAAUCGUCUUCUCAGUUAAUGAAGGAGAGAUGUGGCGGUCUGGGGUUGGUGCUGCCAUGGUGUGACCAAUUGAAGGUGUUGUGCCAUUCUUCCAUAGGCGGUUUCUGGACACAUUGUGGGUGGAAUUCCACUCUAGAAGCUGUUUUCGCCGGCGUUCCUAUGCUCGCCUUCCCUUUGUUCUUGGACCAAGUUGCGAAUAGCAGGCUAAUUGUAGAGGACUGGAGGAUUGGGUGGAGGAUAAAGAGAUCGAAGGUGGGAAGUGAUGAUCAAAUUUUGGUGACCAAAGAAGAAAUAUCAGAGCUUGUGGGAAGGUUUAUGGAUCUCGAAAGUGGAGAGGUGAAAGAAUUGAGGGAAAGAGCAAGAGGACUGAAAUAUUCAUGUCACCAAGCUAUUGCAGAAGGCGGAUCAUCGCAUUCAAACCUUGAUGCAUUUAGAAGGGGUAUUUCACAAAGCCAUGGCUAGCUAUUGAGCUGUUUCUGUGUUCGAUCUUAUGCUAAAGUGAUUUAGCCCAGUGGUUAGAUUUCUCAGAAAGGCUCUCACCUUAGCCAAUAUGUCUUGGGCAAAUAUAAUUCUGGCAAGGGCAUGUUUGGUAGUUGCUUUGAAAACAGUGAAAUUGGAUUAUGUACUGUUAAUAUGCAUUUGGCAAA